AUGCUUCUGACUAUUGAAUUAUCUCUUAUCUUGCUCGAUUUUCUGUCUUUUCAAACACAUACUUGCAAAUUUCAACCAGAUAUUCACUUGAAAGCACACUGCAAACAAAAAAAUCAUUAUACUUAUUUGUUUGGCUGUAAUUAUUGUUAUUCUUGGUUCGAUGGUCGCCGGAUGGCUCGGUAUCAAAAGAUAGCGUUUGAGAACAUUCUAUCAUAA